CAGCAGUACACGGGUGAUAUUUCUGGAGGCUGCAUCAGUAAUCAAUAAAGCUGAAAAUUAGCAAUGGUUCUUUUAACAUUUGGCCUAAUCGUGCUGGCGGGCGUGUUCUUUUAUCACUGGUUAACAUGGAACUUUGACUAUUGGCAAAAACGUGGAAUUAUCGGCCCCAAACCCACUGCAGCUUUUGGAAAUUUCAAAGGUUUAACACUUGGAACGGAGCAUGUUGCUUACGAGUUGGAAAAAAUUUACUGGAAAUUCAAGGGAAGCGCGAACUUUGCAGGCGUUUUCCGUGGCCGGUCGCCUAGACUUUUUGUCCUGAAAGCAGAAACGGCCAAAGAUGUUCUGAUCAAAUAUUUCCGCAAUUUCCACGACAAUGAAUUUGCAGCCGGAGUUGAUAAACAGCAAGAUCCAAUUAUCGGGCGUAAUCCGUUCAUGCAGUCCGGUGACGAAUGGAAGGCGACUCGGGGAGCAAUUACGCCGGCCUUUACAACUUCUAGGAUGAAAGCUCUGUAUGCAUUUGUGGAUGAUGUGAGCGGUCGACUGGUGACUUAUCUCAACAAGAACAUCCAUACAGCUGUGGACGCACGGGACUUGUGCACAAAAUUCACCGUCGAUGUGGUUUCCAGUUGUAUUUUCGCUACGGAUGCUCAAUCGUUUACGUCACCCAAACCGGAAAUCAGGGAAAACGGAGACCGCUUGCUUCAGCCAUCUUUGGGACUGGCAUUGAAGCUUUUCAUCUUUGGAUCUUUUCCUAAGUUGGCAAAGUUUUUUAACAUGUCGGUGCUUACCAAAGAUGUGGAGCAGUUUUUCAUCAAUCUCAUGGAACAGGCAGUGAAUUUCCGCGAAUCAAGCCCAAACAAACGAUCGGACUAUUUGGAUUAUUUGAUUAAUCUAAAAAAUAAGAAAGAAAUAACACUUGUUGAUAUGGCGGCUCACGGUGUGACGUUUUUCACCGAUGGAACCGAGACCUCCAGUCUGGCAAUGACCUUUGUUCUGUAUGAACUGGCCAAAAAUCAAGACGUUCAAAAUCGUUUGCGCGAGGAGCUGGAAAGUGCGGUAAAUUCUGGUGAAGGGCCUCAGUAUGAGGUGCUUCUGGAAUUGAGCUACUUGGAACAGAUUGUCUGUGAAACACUACGCCUCUGGCCACCAGCCCCUUUCAUUUCGAAAAUGUGUACCGAACCGACCGAGCUUAACAUCAGUGAUAAUCGUUCGUUGAAAAUCGACAAAGAAGUCGGCAUAAUCAUUCCGAUCUGGUGCCUUCAUCACGAUCCGGAGUACUACGAGAAUCCCGAAGCUUUUAAUCCGGACCGAUUUGAUCCUGCCCAGGGUGGGACGAAGCGUUUCCGGGAGAAAGGAUGCUUCAUUCCGUUUGGUGAUGGACCACGCCAGUGUUUGGGAAUGCGUUUCGCUUUGCUUCAAAUCAAACGAGGCAUCUGUGAGAUUGUCAGGAACUUCCGGAUCACUCUGGACCGGAAAACCAAACAGCCGCUGAUUCUGGAUCGCAAGGCAUUCAAUUCCACUCCCGAUGGAGGAAUUUGGUUGCGAUUCGAAGCAUUAGCUAAGUGAAUAGCAUCGGUUUUAGAAUCUAAGAAAGUUCUACAGUUUGGUGUUUGUUUAAAGAUUCAAUAAAAAUGGUUCAUCAUAGACAUCAUGAA